UUUGCUUCCAGUGCACCCAGUUGGAGAAUAAAUGGCAGCACACCUAAAGGCGUCGCGGACUCAAUCACAAGAUCGUCGCAUAAUACAACCAAGGACUGGUCUUGAAGGUCUGGCGGAGGAGACUAUGGUGCGGAUGACUCGUGGACCUGAUACUGAUGUGGUGCAAGUAGCUCCUCUACCUCCCGACUUUGAGAGGGUGAGCUACAAACGGUACAUAUACAAUGUCUGGCAAUUCACUGUCCAAGGAACCAACGGCGAUAUCCUAUUCAUUGUGAACAAAGAAUAUCAACGGUGUUUCGCCCUUCAACGUUUUUUCUCGCUCGCAAGUGGAUCCUUCUUUGCUUAUAUGGUGAAUAUGAGUGGCGUUGUUGUGAUGAGCUUCGAACGCCUUCUGAGACUUCAAGGCGGCGUUAAGGGAUGUUUCUGCUGCUGCCUCGGGCAGGAGAUGAGGAUUGAAGCUCCUCUUGGAAGACAAAUUGCCUAUAUUACCGAAGAUUGGACCCUGUGUGGUACCUCUCUCACGAUCUAUGAUGCCAUGGGAACACGUGUCUUCAAGGUUAUUGGUCCCACCUUCCCGCCGUACUUCAAAGGCACUGACUCUCCAGUCGUGUUCCAGGUGAAAACAAAGGCAGGCAAUACAAUGGGCGAGAUACGAGUCGCGAAGUCCAUCAGCGUCUCAUUUCCCGUUGACCUGGAUGUCUACAUCAAAGGAUGUCUAAUAGGCUGUGCAAUUUUGGUUGCGCUCAUGUUUGACAUGAGAGGGUGUGCCCUCAACUGCUGGCAGUCCACGAGAAGCGUGAGGCGUUACCCCUGAGCUCUGAUGUACCCCUGAGGUUGCGACCAGUAAACCCUUACACAAGCGGAAUGGAAAGUAAUAGCUGAAAUCGCCGAAAUAGAUAAAUAGCCGAAAAGGCGGUCACGAUUACCCGUCAAGAUUAGCGUUGGUCAAAAUAGGUGCUCGUUCUUUAACUGCUUAUGAGGUAUAAGCAGUGGU